CCGGGUGUAAUAAUACGCUCCGUUUCCCAGUAGACCUUCGAUGCAACGAUCACCUGACGACCGACGAAACCGCGACGCUAGUUUCUGCAAUUCUCGCAAACUUGCUGGGCGAUUCGAGACUCCGAUUGCGUUUUAGUUUCUCCACCUGAUAAGCAAGAAGUUCUUAAAAGUAAACGGUUUAAAGAAUCGCCAUCGCCCCUUGACGCGCACAUCGGUAUUGCACCUUCAGGGGUACUUCAAGAAGUGCGUCUAACGGGACACCGGUGACUCCCGAAUCCGGAUUGCAUGCAAGGUAAAACGGGGAAAUUUGUUUAUUAGGGAUCAAGCAACCAUAUUCGUUGAAGAUAAUGUGCAAGUCGAGUAUAAGAAAUUGGAUUUAAUUCUCUCGGCACUCGCCGAGCGUUCCGUAACUUGAUUAGAAUCGAGGCGGAGCCGCUUACGCAUCGGUCACUAGUGGCGGCCCGAAGCGCGGCGAUUCGUUCGUAGAGGUUAGCCGCGAGCAGCGGCGUUCAGUGGAGCCAAGUAGGCGUCGUUCGGCAGCCGAACGUUCUCACCGCCGCAACUCAUCGCAGCUCGACGUGACUCGCCGCUCGGCAGGCGCCGACGUCGACAGGUUGUCGGGCACGAGAGAAGCCAGAAGUUCUUCCGUUACCUUCCGCGAGUCCACGAGGCCUCGAGUCGCAUCCGCUGGUGCUUAUCCGCGAUACCAACGUCGACGUCAGUGAUAUCGUCGCGAUAAAACUACUCCUGCACGUUCAAAUAUAUACCGUACUUGGUGGUUAAAAUGGCCGAACAAGAGGUCCCGCAAUUGGCGGACCCUCCUACGGGUAAUCACCAGGAGGAGAGCUUCUUCGCGAGCUUCGUAGCCGAGGUUGUACGUAGUCCCCUUAACCUCACCCUAGUCGCGAUAAUCGCUUCCCUCGUUUAUGCGAUUAUCAAGAGCAAAAUAAGGCCAGAAAAGCCACAAGUCACAGUCAUGAAACAAUUGCCUAAAAUGAGGAGAGAUUUCACCCUCGAGGAACUGAAGAAGUACGACGGUACUGGGCCCGAUGGACGUAUCUGCGUAGCUGUUAACGGUAGUGUCUAUGACGUUACCAAGGGCUCCAGAUUCUAUGGUCCUGGAGGGAUUUAUGCAGCUUUUGGAGGACGAGAUGCCAGCCGGGGAUUGGCCACUUUUGACGUUACUGGACAAGACAAGUACGAUGACUUGAGUGAUUUAGACACUGCACAAAUGAAUUCGGUCUUGGAAUGGGAAGCACAAUUCAAAGAGAGGUACGAUUAUGUUGGAAAAUUAUUGAAACCUGGAGAAACGCCAACAAAUUAUUCAGACGAAGAAGACGAAGGAAGCCAACAAGAGAGCGAAAGUAAACUUAAAAAUGAAUGACCAUUCGUUUAUGUCAUGGCAGUCAAAUAUAUUCCUGCAAAUACUGCGCACACACAAUCAUCGAAAUUCUCAGGAUUCUUAUUCGCAAAUGUUGCAAAUAUUUUGCAGGAUGUAUCACUUCUUUGUGAAGAUAUUCGAGCAAAAAGCAAAAUAAUUACUGUCGCCAGAUGUAUACAAAUAUUUGGGCCUUAAGUUACACAUCAAGACUUGAUUUAAGUAUCCUUUUAUUCGGUCAGAAUGAUAUUCUUCAGGUACUUUGAAUGUUUCUCUAACAUCUGUACAAAAUAUUUUCUAAGAGCGUUUAAAAACUUAUAAUAAGCAAACUAAGUACUGAAAUGUAUUUGGUUCUGUUGUGAAUGAACCAUCGUAGAGUCAAAUGCAAAACAGAUAUAUAAUUAUAUACAAGAUGUCCCAUACAUUUAUGGUUAUGGCCUGGAAAUGAUAUCUAUAUUGAAUGACGAUAAUAAUACAAUUGUAUUUUUACGGAGCGUCUUGUAUACGUAUGUACUUUCCCGUGUAAUUUAUUUCAAUGUGCAAUUUCUACAACAAGCCUGUAAAGUGAAUUUAUUUAUCAUGUUUUAUCUCAUAUUUAUAUCACAGUACUACAAGUUCAGUUUAUAUUUAUCCAUUCUCAUAAAUCCGGGGUUAAGCAGUAAGUGAUACAUUAAUUACAAACAACAGAUUCUAAAAAGUGAUUUGAUCCAAUCACGAGACGCGAUAGCAUCUCAAACAAGUUCAUGGUUAACUGAACAUUUUUUUUUUUACGCCGAAAGUGUUUUUUAAUGAGACAUGAAUUACAUGGUAUAUACGUCGCGAAUGCAUGGUAUUACGACUUUGUGCGAAAGGCUAAUCCUAAGCAUAUCUAUCCGUACGACAUUUCUUAUUUAAUAUGUCGUAAAAUUCAUAAUUACUAUGAUUUAUAAAUAUUAACUUUGAUCAUAGAAAAUAUUGUAGGUAAAUGAAUAUACCAUAAUUGUGCCGAAUACCAAGCUUAUAAUAAUUGAAAAAGAAUCUAACUACCAUAGAAUUUUUAUAACUCAUCGUCUUUGCGAUAAAGUCGGAAGUUUGAUAACAAAUUACACAUUAUUAUUCGAUCACCGUUUACUUGUGUAAUGACAUUAUUGCAUUGUUGAGGAUUGUAUGCAAAUUUUAACCGUGCAUACCUACUAUUAGAUGAACUCCUGAUAUGCAAUUACUUUUGUGUAACAUAACGUUAUAUUGGUAAUGUAGAAAUUUUAUACAACUCAGCAUUGUGUAGCUAUAUUGUAUCGUUAUGGUUUUCGAGAAAAGUGGGGAAUACAUUGAAAAAAUACUGCUAUGCAUUUCACAUAUAUGUACAUUUGAAUAAAACCUGCUGAAAGGGAAACCACAACGUAUUGUUUAUAUAAAGUCUAAAAUAGUUCACUUUUUCAUACAUAAGUCGCAAAUUAUUCAAGACAUGAACCAAAAAUGGGGCCUCGAUUAAAAAAAUUCAAUUGUUAAAUGAAUUUCACUGAUUAACGUAUUCUCCACAAGUUUCGAUUACCUUAAAAUAUGAAAUGUAAAAAUGGUUUAGUUGACGAAGAGUUACUUUUAGACACGUGAAUAUAAUUUUUGUAAAUUUCAAUCAACGCGGAUCGAUGAACAAUUACCAUGCUGCGAGUAAAGCAGAAGUUGCAACACUAAUUAAAGGCUAUUGUUCGCAUCUUAAUGUUGGUACGGGUUACUUAUACAAUUUUACCUAAUGUAGCAACAGUACAUAUUCUUAAAAGAAAAAAGAAAGGACUAUGUGCGACGUGCACGAGGAGCAAUAUUGAAUGUAGCAAACGUACUUUAUAUCAUCAGAAGAGAUUUUUUGAGUUACCUUAUCCAAAGUUUAAAUUUUCACUUUAAUUAAUUUAUGCUUUUUUUUUUUCAUCAAAUCAAUGUUACUAACAAUGACUAACAUCAUGUUCUCGACAUGUCCUCUUUUGAAAUCAUUGUUUACAAUAAAAAGUCGCGGGCGUUGAAUUUCUUAUUGAUUUAAUUUAUUCGCCCAAUUGGCAUAAGUGAUUGCAUUGAAAAGAAAAUUGAGAACAAUCUCAAUCAUUUUCGACAUACCUUACAAAAACGAGCUUAUCAUUUACAUUAGUUUCUAGCCUGUAUCUAUGCCUUGAAUAAAAUGCAUUUAUUUUCGGUA